AUACUGAUACAUAGUCGGUUUAGGAGGAUAAUGUUUCCUUAUUUAUAUGAGAGACUUGUCGCCUAUUUUUCUCCACACGCAGAAAACUAAAAAACACUACUCUCUCCCUCUCUGAGUUCUCGCUGUGGUGAAAAUUGAGAAAAAUCAGAAUGGUGAAAAAAGGAGGCACGAGGAGGAAGAUUGAGAUCAAGAAGAUUACGAAGAAGACUUCUCUCAUGCCUAUUUGCACUAAACGCCGUGAAGGUCUCUUUAGCAAAGCCUCUCAGCUUUGUCUUCUCUCCGGUGCACAAAUCGCUAUCCUAGCGACUCCUCCUUCUUCUGAAUCCAACGUAUCCUUCUACUCUUUCGGUCACUCCUCCGUUGAUGGCAUUGUCUCUGCUUUUCUCUCCGGACAACGUCCUGUUCCUGUUCAGGAGGAUAACAAAGCGAUGAGGGAAGACGUUGGUAUCUGUUUGACUCGUAAGAAUCUAGGGUUAGGGUUUUGGUGGAAUAACGAGAGCCUUGCCAGAUCGGAGAAUCCCCAAGAGCUUAGUGACGCCAUCGAUUCCAUGUGGACGUUGUUGAGUAAUCUCAAGGAAUUGCGUGCGGAGGAAGCUUUAGUCAGUACACAAGCUUUAGUUAAUGAUCAUGAGGACCUGAAGAACAACGUGAAGAGAAUAAUUGUUUCUGACCACGGAGCUCAUGAUCAAACCCUAGAUCUUCAGUCCACUUCUGCAAUUUGUUGCAUCCCUGAUGAUUUACCUGAAAAUUUCAACGAGAUUACUCAAGAGCCAGAUCAAACCCUAAAUCUUCAGUCUAGUAAUUCUGCAAUUUGUUGCGUCCCUGAUGAAUCACCUGCAAAUUUCAACGAGAUCCCAGAAGAACAAGAUCAGAUUCUCUCGAUUUGUGGAAGUUUUUGUGUCACGGACAACAACAACAAUGCUUUAACUGAAGUAAACUUGGAUUAUGAUCAAGACAUGGAUAACAACAACAACAAUGUUUUACCUGAAGGAACU